AUGGUGAAUCUAAACCAACUGCUUGCAAAAUGCAAAAGCCUCAACCAUGUAAAGCAACUGCAAGUCUUUAUCAUCACCCUAGGAUACACCCAAAAUCAGCUCUACGCCUUCAAGCUCGUCCGCUUCUGCCUUGUCACUCUUGACAACCUUCCCUAUGGUCGCCUCAUCUUCGACUGUCUCAGCUCCCCCAAUGUAUACCUCUUCGCUGCCAUGAUCACCGGUUAUGCCUCCCAAUCCCACCACCAUUCUGCUUUUCUGUUGUACCAAUCCAUGCUUCGUCAGGGAAGCGCUCGACCCAACCAGUUUAUCUACCCCUACGUCUUGAAAUCUUGUCCAGAGGUUUUUGAGUCUCAUGGGACUGCAUUGGUGCACACGCACAUUAUGAAAUCAGGUUUUGGUCAAUACCCAGUUGUACAAACAGCUCUUGUUGAUUCCUACUCGAGGUUCCGCUCAGAUGUUGGCUCAGCAAGACAGGUAUUCGAUGAAAUGUCUGAGAAAAAUGUCGUGUCCUGGACGGCUAUGAUUUCUGGGUACACUAGAGUUGGGGACAUUGGCAGUGCUAUUUUGUUGUUUGAGAAAAUGCCGGAGAGAGAUGUCCCUGCUUGGAAUGCUGUUAUUGCUGGGUGCACGCAGAACGGCCAGUUCUCGGAGGCAAUUUAUCUGUUCAAAAGAAUGUUAGUUCUUGCGCAUGAGGGGCAACAUCUAGAAAAUAGGCCAAACCAGGUUACAGCUGUUUGUGUACUUUCAGCUUGUAGUCACACUGGCAUGCUGCAGCUUGGUAAAUGGAUCCACAGCUAUAUUUACAAAAAUGCGCUUGGUCCAGAUUCAUUUGUUUCCAAUGCUCUAGUGGAUAUGUAUGGGAAAUGUGGGAGCUUAAAAGUGGCAAGAAUGGUUUUCGACAGGACCUCACGAAAAAGCUUGACAUCUUGGAAUUCCAUGAUCAACUCUUAUUCUCUGCACGGCCAAAGCAACGAUGCAAUUGGUGUUUUUGAAGAAAUGAUACGGCGUGGGGAAGAUGUUAGACCAGACGAGGUCACUUUUGUUGGCUUAUUCAAUGCUUGUACUCAUGGAGGAUUGGUAGAGCAAGGUAUUUCUUAUUUUGAUUUGAUGACUCGGGGUCACGGGAUUGAGCCUCAGAUAGAACACUAUGGAUGCUUGAUAGACCUUCUUGGUCGAGCAGGUCGAUUUGAGGAAGCCAUGGAAAUUGUGAGGGGCAUGAGAAUUGAACCUGAUGAGGUUGUAUGGGGUUCUCUGCUUAAUGGAUGUAAGAUUUAUGGUCGUACUGAUCUUGCAGAAUUUGCAGUUAAAAAUUUAAUUCAAAUUGAUCCUAAUAAUGGUGGUUAUGGUAUCAUGUUGGCCAAUAUAUAUGGGCAGUUGGGGAAGUGGGAUGACGCCCGGAAGGUGAGAAAGGUGUUGAGGGAGCGAAAUGCUUAUAAAACCCCUGGUUGCAGUUGGAUUGAGGUUGAUAACCAAGUUUACCAAUUUUAUUCCGUUGACAAAUCACAUCCUAGAACGGAAGAGAUCUACCAAAUCCUAGACACGCUUGUUGGUUUUAUCAUUUUGAAGUCAAGUUGCAAUUGA